AUGUCAGAAGAAGUCCCGCCCCCACCGCCAGCUGAGUACCAAGCACCCGAGUCAUACGGAAAUGAGCCCUAUGGCGGGCACCGGGAGCAAGAAGGAGAAUAUUCCACGACGCGGUUGCACGUGAAGCCGUUCCCCCCGGACGUUGAGGAGCACGAGUUGGAUGAGAUCUUCAGCCCAUACGGGGCGUUGAAGGAGGUGAAGCUUAUGUCGGGAUUUGCAUUUGUGGAGUUCGAGAAGCCUGAGUCGGCGGAGCAAGCUAUCAAGGACGUAAACGGCAAGAUGUUUGCGGACAUGCCGUUGACGGUGUCGUACUCGCGGAUGCCGAUGCCCCGCUUCCGCAUCAAGAUCCGCAACUUGCCGGAGGGCAUUGCGUGGCAGGAGUUGAAGGAUUUGGCGCGCGAAAACAACUUGGAGACGACGUUCUUGUCCGUGGACACGAGCAACUUCGACGGCACAGGCGCCUUGGAGUUCUCAUCCGAGGAGAUUUUGGAGGAGGCGCUUGAGAAGUUGAACAACUACGAGUUCCGCGGCAACGUAUUGGCAGUGGAGAGAGACGACAACCCUCCUCCAAUUAACAGAAGACUCGGCAUGCGCGGUGGCUUCCGUGGCCGCGGCGGCUUCCGCGGGCGCGGGUACCCGCCAAGAGGCGGCUACGGGUUCCCACCACGCGGUGGCUACGGCUCGAGAGGCGGUUACGCUCGCGGCUCCUACGGCGCCCCACGUGGCUCAUACGGCGGCCCUAGAGGCGGAUACGGUGCUCCACGUGGAAGCUACGGCGGGCCAAGAGGCGGAUACGGACCGCCACGUGGCACCUACGGUGGGCCACGGGGUGGCUACGGCGGACCAAGAGGCGGUUACGGCAGCUAUGGUGCGCCAAGAGGUGGUGGCUAUGGUGCCAGGGAUACUUACGCACCAAGAGGUGACUCCUACAGUACCCGUGAGAGAUCUCCUGUCAGGGAAUAA